CCCGUUUGCAAUCACUCCUUUUCCCCAACAACAUUAAGAUGGCACCAGUACGAUCACAUAUUAAUUUCACGGCAAGUCAUGUCCUACCAGUACGUACAUUUCUCAACCGUCAACAGAUUCAAAAAAAUCGGGUGAAGCACUCUUUGUUGAUGUGUCCACAGUCAGGCGACUCCAAGUCAGAGAACCACGAAGAUGGACGCCGACUUCCAGUUCAACUAUCCAAGUGCAAGCGAAUGGUUAUCUCUAAUCGACAUCUGCGAGAGCUUUAUGGCGAUCCACAGAUCAAAAAAAAGCUUGCUGCUAUUUUGAUAGAAAUGACAAAGGAGGAAGUUUUUUCUGUGUGUUCGAAUACGAACAAGAGGGGUGUAAAAGGAGGUGCAUUUGAUGAUGAUGAUACGCAGAAGAAUGAUUCGCUCAAUCAACACACGUUCAAAGAUUCAGAAACCUUAAUCAUUCCGUUUACUAACGAUUCCUGGAAAUGUCAGCUCAUCAUAUGUUGGGAUGAUAUUGAGUUUAUCCGAGAUUGGAUGUGUGGCGUCGAGAGACACUUGGGGAGAACUAACUGGAAUAAAUGUGGAAAGCUUAUGUUACGAAAAAUCAGUUUUGCUGAAGCGGAUACCAGCCGGAAUAAAAGAAAGGAGAUAAUUGAACUGAUUGACUCAGAUAUUGAGGAAAGUGAGCUAUCUGUUCGGGAUAAAAAGAACAUUAAUUUUGAGUAUGAGAAAACAUUACUGAGUCCAAUCACAUUGAAUGUUCAUGUUCAUUCCAAAAAUUGAUUUUGUAUGCUAUGUCAGAUGAUUAUAAGUAAAACUAUAUAAUACAGUGUACAAAAUAGUAAAAGAAGGAAAAAGGAAAGGGCCAAAUGUUGUAAAACAAUGAAAAAAUAACGAGAAUUGUACAAGCAUUACUAACGUUAGGUUGAAUUGAUGA